GUCGGUCUGAAUAGGAGAAUCCCCCUGAGGAUGGGAGAUCCCCCGUCGAUCAUCUGCUUCUAUAUUGCAUAACCGCUUCUUGGCGGGUGACUCCUGAGCAGGACCACGUCGAGAGUUUGCUCAGGAGUUGGACUUGGAACAGGUAGGCUAUGCUAGAUAGAGGGGUGAUGGAUAAGCUGUCCAGGUACCUACCUCGUACCUACUACCUACUACCUACUACUACCUUCUCGGACACGUCUGCCAGCACUGCCGUCCAUGAGAGCGCCGAAGCCGAACCAGGGCUAAGCCGCAUUGCCAUCCCGACUAACGUAGUCUUCGUUAGUUCUGUGGCCUGCCUCGGUCGAGUCGGAGGAAUCCCAACUCCGUCCAGAGCACCGCCCGAUUCCCUCCGAGCCCGCGAGAGGCAAAAGGAUCUUCUGAUCGCGGUCUGCCUGCCUGCCUGCCUGCCAAUGACGACGCCACAAAUAAAGUUCGUCCAUCCAGCACAGGUACAUAUACCGGAGUCCAACCAGGAAGUCGGUACAAGGCACUGCAGGGCUCUGCAUCGACUACUGUGUGGUGUAAGGAGGGAGGGCCGCGGCGAUCGAUCUGGUCAUCGGACGAUUGCAGUAAUCUUCUCGAACGUCCGUCUUCCCCGCAAUCAAGCAUCAGGCCACCGGAAUCGGAGGUCCAUCCAGCGAUAGAUGAACCAUUAUAUCAUACCCUUAGUAGCUGGGAGUCGGGUUGUAGAAACUAGAAACUAUUACAUAGUAGGUAGAUAGAGAGAGUUGUGAGUGGGCGGGGAAAUGCAAGAUGGAUGGACACCGACGUCAUCCUUCCCCUUCUCCUCCGACAACUCACUACCACCCGCUGAUAUGUCCCUGAAUCAUAGUGAACUAACUAAAGAGUAAUAACAUCAACCUGGGACAAAUCAUCCUGACAUAUUGUUGUUGUACAUAGUACCAUAAAUAGUAGGAACG